AUGGAUGUUGGAAGCAAGGAUCCCUACACACAAUUAACGCUCUACAUUAAGCCAUCUGCCAGUAUUCCUUUGCCAUUUGUGAACAACGGUAUCGUGAUUGCUACUGGUAUCUCUAAAUUAAUCGAUGGGACAGCUAUUUCGGCUUCAAAUGGCAAAGCCAUAAGUCUUGACGGGGAUAUACAGGGCACCGGGAUAAUUAAGGUGACAAAUACAGUGUUGGAGUUCCGGCAGGUAAUGAACUUUGCAGAGACUCUCGAAAUGGAGGACUCAGCAUUGAAGUUUUCGAGCCAAACUCUUCUUAGCGUCAAGGUACAUGGACUGAGCAGUUCAAUUGUCAUCCCGCCAAGUCAAGUUCCGCUUGAGUCCUGGAAUGUAACGAUGCAAGACCACGAGAUCAUUUUGGGUCUCCCUGGUUACGUCGAGAAACUGUAUGGUAUAACGGAUCUGGACAAUCGGAUUGUUCCAUGUGAGGUGAGAUUAAGUGAAGGAACCCUUAUUAGCGGUGGUGCAUCAACAGCCGUAGCAGUUAUUACGUUUGAUAUGCAAGAUACUCCGGAGCCAGUGACAACGACAAAAGUGCCAAGUGGUGGUGCCACUGUCAGGGAGGUUACAUCGUAUAGUAUUGGUAUGACUAACGGAGCUUGUAAUAUUGGAAGUACUGUCUAUGCAACUACAUUUUCUCGGAUGCCAAGUAGUAGUGUGUCUAGACAUUCGUCCAGUGCCAGUUCGUUAAAACAGUCAUCAUCCGGUAUUUCUCUGACAAGUAGUGCUAUUGUUAGCUCCGCUGAUCAUCACAUCUCCAGUGCAAGCCAUCCCGCUUCUGGUUCCUCUCAUUCUUCUUCGAGCACUGGUCGCUCAGACUCGUCUGUCUAUGGGUCAUCGAGUUUCGCCCCAUCGUCUGUUACUGAGUCAUCGACAACUGUGAAACCAUCCUCCUCGGUGUCUUUAUCUCCAACGUCCAGUUACCAUGCUUCAUUGACGGGUGUUCCGAGCUUGGAUCCAGACCAGCGGUCGAAGUCGACACAUGUAUCGUUUUCCGUUUCUAGCAAAUCUGGGAAGAAGACCGUCAGCAGCACAUCGCACCGUGUUGUGCCCAGCUCAUCUGACGCGGUAUCUUCCCAGUCGAGAAGCAGGUCUACAAACUCUGGUUACAGCAACAGAACUAUCUCCGAAACGUUCACGGCGAGAAGAAGCACAACAGCGGAAGAAACAAGCUUGAUUGAGCCCACGGGGAAAUCAAGAUCAGGUACCGAAGUGUCCAAAACAACAACUGAGGUAGGAGAACCAACAGAGAGCUCAAAAAGACCUGCGGGAUCGUUCGGGACUGAAACAGAGACUACCACUUUGUACACCAAGGUGACGUCCACCGUUGUUGUAUGUGACUACACCACUAGUAAAUCCAAUGAAGAACUUGUUGCCACGCGCACCACAUUCCCCGUCGGUUCCACUCCAGUAAACAUAAAGGGCGAAUUUCAUACGACAACCAUCAUUGUUGCUUCGUGUACUGGAGGCUGCGAAGUUGGCGCAACAGCUCCUGGGAGGCUAACAAAAACAGCCAGUAAAGGUACUGGUGCUGGUGUUAAUACUGCGGAACAGACUACUAAUGGAAAUGGAAAACAAACAACGAAAUUUUCCAUUGCAACUUCAACUGUGGCCACAGGGACUUCAAGAGGGGUUCAGCCUACACCCUCUGCUGGAGAGUUCUUCCCUGGUGGUGCAACCCCAACUAGAAGUACCACUACCGCAGGUGUCUCCAUAUACGGUGGAGGUGCAUCUUCCUUGAACUCCAGUCUCUCCUUCUCUGUGAUGUUUGCUGUUUUCUUACUGGGUGUUUUGUGA